AUGGAGCGGAAGCCACGUCUGUCUGUGUGGCUGUCAAGUUUGCCAGAUGCAAAGCAAGGCCUUAGUCUCAAGGCUGACCCAGAAGCCCCUUUGAGAUACACGAAGAGGGCCACUGUCGUCCUCAAUGCUGCUGCUGCAGAUCUCCAAGAGAUGUGCGAGUUAAAGCAACAAGGUGCCUGGUCUGAAGAUGACUUUGCUGCAGGCACAGUUGCUGCAUGGGCGAUUGUUGAGCCGCUGUUCAUUUGCAAUCACCUUCAACCUUUGACAAGCAGCCAAAAAAUACAACGGAAAUUUUGGAAUUCCGUGGGCCCUGGCGACGAACACUCCAUAUUUUUCUUCAGAAUCAUUGAGAUCCAUGCUUUGGCACGGCCUGUAAAAAUUGAUGAGUGGGCAUGUCUGCAGAAUCAUGCUUUCUUUUCCGUGCUUACAGAUGUUGCUUUCGCAGCGUUGGAAGCAGCCUGGCAGGAGCAAAACCCUGCAUCUUGUGCUGAAGGGCAGCAGCAAGUUCCAGUCGAUGUCGUUAGAUUGCCACGGUGCUUCGCAGUCAUGUGCAGCAAGAAAGCUUGGGAUAGCUUCGCUGUGUGUGACAUGUCCAUCAAAGCAGGAGGUCAGAAAAAAGGCGGCCAGGGUGGGUGGCACCUUGGACUCUGCAAACAUGUGCGCGAAGGUUUUGAAGAUGUUCCAUGGGUCGCAGACCCUCAAGAGAUUGCCAAGUUCAGCAUUCAAGAUCCUGACAAUGCUGAAGAGUUUCUUGACGAGAUCAGGAAUGUUGUGGCAGGACUGCAGCAAGGUGAGCAUGUUGAUUUGGAAAGGCUGUAUUUUUUCCUUACAGCUUUUGCGGGUUACAUGAACGAGUUGCGAGGUAUGUUGGAUUUUCACAGACAUGGCAAACGCUCGCAGAACCAGGCUUUUGGAUUGAUUUAUCUCAUCAAGUGCUUUUUACUCAGCCAGUCCUUGAGAUCUGCAUCGCAGUUGAAGACUGCUUUGCACAGCGCGGCUGGCAUAAUUUUGCCCAAGCAAGCAUCCCAGAUCACGCAAGCUGCGUUGGAUACGAACAGCAAUUCUGUGCCCUCAGCUGCAGCAAUCUCAAAAGCCAGAGGUCGCAUUGAUGUCUCGUGGAUGCUCGUGUGGCGAGACCGACUCAAAGAGAUGUUUGAUGGAGCAGGUGCCGUGAUUUAUUUAGGCACCGACAGCAGUCCGCAAGGUGGUAGGGACUACCAGAUUGUUGUGUUGGACAUAGUCAAGAAGCAAGACCUUGCCGAGCUGCACACAGCCAUCAUGCGACUUGAGCGCUUUGAAAACCAUCCUGGCGCCGUCAUGAUCGAGUCGGAGGCCAUGGAGGAGUUCGCUCAGUUGUUGCAUCGCCAUGUGUGCCCAUCAGUGCAGAUCGGUUGCGGGAAGUCUCGUGCCACAGCGAGUUUGAAGUUUCAUGCCGUCACUCAUGCCUUGCGGCUGCUGUCCCCCUCGUUGCCAUACUUGGACAGAUUGUUUAAAAGCAUAUCUGUGUUCCUGUCAGACCAAGGUACUGAAUCUGUGUUUUCUAGGUUGUCACCAGACACACCCCUGCUGGAUUUAGUGCCUGCUUCACAGCCCUCGCAGACCGAAGCCGCAGAUGUGGCAGAGGUAGACUUUGCACCUGAGCUUGAAGCCCCUGUAGACAUAGCAGAAGUGGACCUUUGUGAUGCUCCGCCUGCCCCAAUCCCAGAGCAUCCCCCCGCAGAUGUGGCGCUCGAAGAGUUACCUGAAGCCCAAUGCGUCGUCGAUGUCACAGGAAGCUUGGAAGUUGAUGACCUUCUGCACUGCAUACACAAUGCCACAAAAGGUCUUUCUGCAGUCAUGAAAAGUUUCGACGAUGUUGUGGGGCAAUGCAAAAAGGUUGCUGAUUUGUUGAGAAAAAAAGAAUCAAAGGACCGUUUGAUUGAAACUUGCUUUAGCCAAGGGCUUGCCAGGGGUUUUGCUUCCGAGAUCAAACAGUUUAAGUCUCACGUGCACGAAGAUCGCUGGGGCACGGUGGCAGAAUGCAUUCCCAAUUUGCUGAGAUUGAAAGCAGCCCUGAGAUAUGGGUGGGACUUGCGUGCCUUCAGGGGCUAUGACCCUGCUGUGGUGCAAGAGCCCGCAGAGGCACAGAACGCUGAGGAGGAAUUUGGAGCACAGGUCAGUGCUGUAAAUGCAGCUAUCGAAUCAGAAUUUUUCUGGGGGUUUUUGUGCGGUGUGGAGCAGAUUGCAAAAGCACUUGAGCAAUGCAUUGCUUGGGCAGAGUCGUGUAGCUGUCAUUGGCACCGUGAUCGUGCAGAAGCCAGUGACGAGGAGAAGGCUUUGUGGCGUGUUUGCCCCAUGCGCUGCAGAAGGUGUGCAGACAUGUCUGCUGGAGAAUUUCUGCAGCAAGUCCAUGACAGCCUCGAUGCAUCUUCAUCUAGAAUCGCGCUAGAUCUUCCCAGCACCCUCUCGGCAGAUGAACGCAUGAGCAUCCUCACUGAUUUUGAAUCUGCCCGUAAUCACAUCUUGUACUACUUCCAUUUGAAGUUGCAGUACUGGCAGGAACCACCCUGGUGUCUUUUUGGCAUGGCUCACAAGUCAGGGGAGGUUGCGCUGCAGUGUGAAGCCAAGGCCCGAGCCUCUUCUUGCACCCAUCCCCGUAUCCAGCGCAUCAAACAGGAGCCGCUGCAAUCCCAAAUCCAGGUUUGGAGAAGUCGUGGAGGAACUUUCGGUCCUGAACAUGAGCCUGAUGACCUCCCAGAGUUAAGGGCCUUCCUGUGUGAGUUGAGACUGGCCUCUUUGAACUCCAGAUAUGUGGAAGCAGAGCAUGCCAAGGUUCAGGUAGGUUUGCGCAAGGCCCCGCGCCACAGCGAUGCUUAUGUGUCACUAUUGCGCCGGAUGCCAGGGCUCACAAAGGAGCUGAAAGCCAAUCCUCAUAUCCUUCCCCUGCUGGCUGAUAAGCUUCAGAAAGUUCGGCACGGUAAGGACGCAGUUCAGGUGCUUGGGCUCUCAGGUCAUCCAGCUUUCUCAAACACUGCAAACCCUCGCGAUCCUUUGUCUUGGAAGAUUGUUUAUCAUUCCGAUCCCUACACCAAGUUCACCAUGCCCGCCCCUGAGCUAGUGUUUGGUAGCAACCAGCCCCCGGGACAAGGUAGAAGCGUCAGGGAACUGCUAGAUGCAGAGCAGUUGGGCGAUGCUGCUGCCUUGCAUCACAGCCUCAUGAUUCAGCACCUCUGCAAGUAUCCUGCCGAGACUGGCUCUGUUUUCUCCAUGGAGUUUGAGGCUUCAGCUUUUCAGUCACUCACAGCAGUCAUGCAAGGAUCACUUCCUUCGGCAGCACCAGCCUUGGAAGACACAAGUGAAGAUGCUGCGGUGGAGUUGCUUUCAAGCCGUCUGCAGAGCCUAGACUUGUUGAGCCACACGGCACCAAACAUGACCGGGAAGUCUGCGAACAUAGUGUUUUGGAAGAUAGUAAACAUUUCCGUCACCAAAGUCAAACGGCCAAAGUUGGAUGAGGAACUUGACUUGAAUGACAGUUUGCUCGUUGCUCUUCACCGCUUGAUUGAUAUCGACAUGAGCAAAAAAACUUUGCUAGUUAGCCUAGAUGCAAACAACCGCACUUCCCAGAACGGCUCCUUGUCGCCAAUGCUGUUUUGUCCUACAGUCUUGAGUAGUCCUGUUUUGAAGACUCUAAAGGUUUGGCGGGCUGACAACAAGGAAGAGUUUCGGUUGCAGGAUGAAACAGGGUUUUCUGCUGCAGAACGAGCCUUGCUGCCAGGUUUUCUUCAGCGUUGCGUGUCGGAAAACAACGAUGAAACUGUUUCCAGAAAGCUGGCUCAGAGUGGUGUGAUUGAGAAGCUGACAGAGCAAGGCCUGAUAGAUGGGCCUCCGUGGAGACUGACGCAGGCAGGCAAGAAUGCACUGGUUGUUGGCCAGCGACUGCACAGCUUCGAAAACGUGUUCCGUGUACCCGAGCAGGCCCCUGAAGACCCCUUAGAGUGCAUGCAGCUCAGCACGUACCAUCUUGUCAAGCUUUUGGAGGCCUCCGGAUUUCAGCACGAGCUUGUCGAUGUGGAGGGUGCAAAGCGUGCAAAACUUCACCCUUACAGAUGCUUGCAAGAAGGUCAGGCUGCAGGCAACAAGGUGUGGUACACUAGGCGGGGUUCGCUAGGUGUUAGUGGUUGGUACUUGGUUGCAUUGCUUUCUGCUGAGAAGCAUGGAAAGGAUGUCCCACAUUUCGCGAAGCAAGCUGAGUAUCAAAGCUUGGUAGAUCCAAACUUCGUGCCUUCCCGAAAACGUACUCGCCAAAAAAUGCUGUAUGAUUCCGAGAAAGGUUUCUUGUGUGAUUGGCCUGAGGAUGCCAUUGCUGUGGCUCCUAGGCCCAAGCGUCGCAAGCGUCAGCGUCAUGCCAGAGAGAGCGUUGAAGAUGCUGUCCAUGACGGCUUGCCAAACAUGCUUGAGGAUGGCAGGCGGAAUGCUCUUGAAGAUGCUGCACAGGCAUCCAACUCUGAGCAAGAAACGUAUGCGGUGCCAGCAAUCGGUGAGGCUGCCCCUGCCAGCCUUCCAGCUUCAAGCUCAUCCUCGUCUAGCAGUGGAAGCACUGACAGCAGCUCCAGUGCGAGUGAUGAUGACAGUAGCAGCAGUAGCAGCAGUAGCAGCGGCUCCCCUAGUGCUGCUUCUGCCGAGGCCGACCGGCAUCGCGAGGCUCCUCGUGCAGCAGAGCCACGCAGGAGGACAGCAGAGCGUGUUGUCGACUGGGGCAUUCUCCGCCUCACUCCCAAGCUUGCCGCUGAUGGUUCCACUUUUGCUUGGCAAAUGACAUGCCGGCAUCCGGAUCAUAUUCCGUGCAAUAGGACUCGCAAUGUUGCUUCGUGUGCCAGCGAAGAAGAGUGCCUGAGAAUGCUGAAGCAGUGGGCGCUGUUCGGUGUGGAGUGCGCAAGUAAAGCAGAUCACAAGCGUGUGUGGUCUCGUGUAGAAGCGAUGCUGGAGGAUGGUUCUUUGCCCAGCACUGCAGCACUAGAUGCACAAGCCGUUACAGACAUCGAUUUCGAUGUGAAGGUUCGCACCAACCAUGCCACGGUAGUGGUCGACAGUGUCAACGACACCGUGAUAUCCGACGAGAUGGACGACGUCGUCUCUAGCAAUGAGGGUUUGGAGGAUGAUGGUGCCGACGCUCUUCCUGCCGCUCUGCUUCUUGAUGAGUCUGAGAGCAUUGAACCGCUGCCACAGCGGAAGCGGCAGCGUCUUGAGCCUUCUGCGAGUUCUGUCAGUUUUGUGCCAGAGCCAGAUGAGUCAGAUGUCUUGGCAGCAGCAGCUGCACAAUUCCGAUCCCGGUCGACAGUGCCAGUGGUGCCCAAAGGCCCCGUGUCCGUUGAAGAAGCCUUCAAGUGGCCAGAGAGAAAGCUUGAUCAGGUGUGCAAAGAUGCAAAUCGCGAGCAUCGUUUGAGGUUGUUGCUUGAACAUGGUGUGUUGGCUUCCUCAGACUUCAGCGGCAUGGGUGGCGAUCGAGAGAUCAUGCACCAGCUAGGCUUGGUGAUGCAAGCCCGUAACUGGCCCCUGGAUGCGCCCGCUCGCUUCAGGCAUGUGCGUGCUUGUGACAUUGGGAAAUUGCAACGAACCGUGCUGUCGUAUGCGUCAAUGAACCUUGAUGGUUUUCGAAGCUGCGUGACUGGUGACUUGAUGGAACGUUUGUCAAACACGUUCCUUGAAACCGUCACUGAUAUGCAGCCUUCAGAGGGAGACGAUGUAGACACUUGCGUGCACAAGAACUCCUUGAUCGACUCUUUCAUCAGAGAAAACCGUGCAGAGAUAUUCACUGGCAGCUCUUGCUAUUGCUAUGUGCAUGACGCCAUGUGCUCGACUGAUCGUGGCUUGUCCUUGCAAAAUGAGCAAAAGCAAGUGCCCUUACGUAUGAACCUUGCCGGCACCACUUGCGUCGGCUGGUCAGCAGUUGGUACCAGGAAGGGGUUUGGGCACACGUCCGAAGUGGCGCACAGUGUGUGGCUGAAUGAGAGGCUGCACAAUGCCGAGGCUUUAAAGGAGGAUGUUUUCAUACAUGAAUGCACCGCCCUGUAUCCAGCCCAGCAAAAGCUUGCCGAUCCCUUGUCGAAGACGCAUGUAGUGAUCAGCAUCAGGACAGGACCCCAGUCCCAGGGUUUCCCGUCCUCCCGCUGCCGAACUUUGUCUGCAGGCCUCUCCAAAGCCACGACGAUAUGGAUGGGCCCCACAGCUCCAGACUUGUUGCAGCGAGACUUCGACAGCAUCUUUGCUACAACGAUGGAGCUUUCCGGAAAUAUCUUUUUUCUGGAGAAUGAUGAAAGCCAAAGACGGUGCUGCAUAGACAAGGCUGUGUCUCAGCGAGGGAGAAACCGCCUUGCGUUGCACUCCCUCAACCGUUGGGACCUGCUGCAGAGUUGCUUGGCCCCUGGUGCGGCAACCCGGCUUCGGGAGUAUGAUGCGGUGCGUGCAAAGCGUGAUGAUCCUGAAAGUGCUUUCCUCGCGGACGUGGAGCAUUGGCCGGGGCAGUGCUUGGGUUCGGGAUGGCCCUUGUUUCCUUGUCAGUUGAAGCAUGGAACUGUUGUGAGUUGGCAGCAUCAGCGUGCAGCGACUGGCAUGGAGCAUCUUGCCGCACAGGGUUACCAUGUGUUUGACGCCGUGGGGCCAAAGACUCCGCUUUACAGCAUUCUUUCAACACUUGAUGAUUGCAAGCUGAAGCAGUUGAGCGGCAAUGGUUGGUCGCUACCUGCCGUGUGUGCUUGGAUGCUGUAUGUGUGGAGCAACACAUGCAAGCGCCCUCCGAGUUCCUUGCCCCGUUGGGUUUCAUUCUCGCGAACCAGUUUGGACUCGGAUGAUGAUGUUGAUGAUACCAAUGGACAGACCGGUUCAGGCUCAGGUUGUUCCCAGUCGGAGCCGAAUGCGGUAGCAGCAUGUGCUGAUGCUGCAACCGAAGUGCCAGAGCAGGUGCAUAGUGCAGAUUCAAAUGAUGAUGUUCAUGCAAGCUUGGUGACCAAUUUGGUGUACCAGGAAGAAGAUGAUUUCGCCCCGCAGACUUGA